AUGUACGCCUCCAGCAUCAUUGCCGUCGCCCUGAGCGCCCUGGCUGUCUCUGCCUCCCCUGUGACUCCGGCUCCCUCUCCUCUCCUCUCCUUGAAGGCCUACUGCCCCGGCAAGUACUUCGUCAACCCCCAGUGCUGCACCUACGACAUCAAGCUCGCCGCUUUCGAUUGCGACAUUCCCAAGGGUAGCCUCAGCAGCCUUGAGGACUUCCAAAGCAGCUGCUCUGCCGAGAAGAAGAGUGCCUUGUGCUGCCUCAUUCCCCUUGGCGGUGCCGACCUUGUCUGCAAGGACCCCCAGGCGAUCUAA